AUGUCAUCUCGUCGUAGCAAUGUACCGCAAUUGCCUCGCGUACCAAACCCUGCUGUUAUUUUAAAUGAAACAACAAAUGGUCAUAAUCGACCACCAUCAGCUGGAGAUAUUCUACGACGAAACACACUUGCAUCCAGGAAACUGAAUCGAUCUAAUUCAGAGAAGACAAACGGUCAUCCUCAGCCACCAUUAACAACAAAUGGAGCUACCUCAAAUCUUCCUCCAUCUAGUCAAACGUCAUCGGUGAGUUGGUCGAGUGACCCAAAAAACGUGAACAAUCAUAAUAAUACAAAUAAUUCAUUAGAAGAAAUGAGUUUAUCGUUCAUGAAAGUUUCUUCUGUGAAACCACCUACUGACAAUACUGCCUCAGGAAAUCAACACCAAAAUACAACAAAAAAAAAGCCUGGAACAAUAAUAGAUUACCGAGCCAUUAUUAAUGAUACACUGCGAGGGAAUACUGAUGAUAAUGGUGAUCCAGCAGAGAGAUUAUUGAAACCAUUGAGCGGUUUUGUAGGUUAUAACAGUGAGUGGAGAGAAUUAGCCGAAGUUGUUAGUAGGUCUGUUAUUGGUGGUAUCAAUUCUUAG